AUGCGAGGCAAUGCAACCAUAGUGCAUACAAACUGGAACACUGAGCCGAAGCACUUAUGCUUUAAGGUGUUCUUUGAGGACAAAACUGCUUAUGAAGCGGAAAAGUACUGUGAGAGCAUUGGUGGACUUUUGGCUUCCAUACACACUCAAGAGCAAAACAAACUUAUUCACGAAAAAAGCAACCAUACAAAGACUUGGAUUGGCUUGCGUUUCGCGACAGUAGAUGCAAACACGCGAGAAAAACACUGGAUUGACCACUCACCCACUGACUUCGAAAACUGGGAUCGUAACGAACCCAACAACCUGGGAGGAGAGUACUGCACAGUUGUCAACGCGGACGGCACCUGGAACGACAUCAGCUGUACAAGAAAAUUUUACUUUGCGUGCCAAAUUGAAAGCAUCACUCGAUGUGAUUGA